AUGGCCAGGCAACUUCCUUCUGGUAUGAUGUCUGGGAUGGGAAAGACACCAUGUUGGAUGUUUAUCCGGAUCUUCACAGCCAGUGCACAAAACCAGACUGUCAGUGGAACAAGCCUGCAAAGAGGGUCUGCUAUGGUUUUUGGUGCCCAGUCUAUCACCAAUGGCAACAACCCGACUGAGUUCCGUACAAGAGGUGAUAGAUCUUACGACAAGCUCCUCGGCGGCCUCUUGGCAGACGGAUUCGACGAGAGAUCCUGCCACAGCAGGUACCAAUCCGCCAUGUACCGUCGCAGGCCUGGCAGGCAGCCUUCGGCGUACCUCGUCUCCAAACUGCGGCAGCAGGAAGCCUUGCAGAGGCGGUGCGGGCCGGGCACCGUCGCCUACAGCAACGCGCUGGAGCAGCUCAGGUCGGGGUGCAGGAGCGGCGGCGACAUUAUCGCCUCGCCCGAGUGCAAGUACCUGGUUUCCAUCUCGUGCCGGGGCCUCGGGAACCGGAUCCUCGACGCCGCGUCGGCGUUCCCGUACGCGCUGCUCACCGAGCGCGUGCUCCUCGUGGACCCCAGCAACGAGAUGGGCGAGCUGUUCUGCGAGCCCUUCCCGGGCACGACGUGGCUCCUGCCGUCGUCGGGCUUCCCGCUGGCGAGCUACACCAAGUUCAGCAUCAGCACGGCCGAGAGCUACGGGAACAUGCUGCGGAACAAGGUUCUCAGGACCGACGAUGUCGCCGGGACGCCGCCGGUGUUCUCGUACGUCCAUCUCGACCACGACGCCACCGAGCAGGACAGGUUCUUCUUCUGCGACGACGACCAGAGGGUGCUCCGGAACAUCCCGUGGCUGGUGAUGAGGACGGACUGCUACAUCGUGCGGGGGCUGUUCCUGGUCACGGGGUUCCAGGAGGAGCUCGGCAGUCUGUUCCCGGAGCCGGACACCGUGUUCCACCACGUCGGCCGAUACCUGUUCCACCCCAACAACCACGUCUGGGGCCUCGUCACGCGCUACUACGACGCCUACCUCGCGACGGCGCAGCAGCGGGUGGGCAUCCAGGUGCGCGUCUUCGGCACCCAGCCCAACUCGCCGGAGCUCCUCGAGCAGAUCACCAAGUGCACGCAGAAGGAGAGGCUGCUCCCGGAACUGCUCACCGCGGCAGAGGCAGAGCCCCUGUCCUGGUACUACGAGAAGCUCAAGGGCAUGUACUGGGAGCACGCGGCAGCCACCGGCGACGGCGAGGCGGUGAGCGUGCACCAGCCGAGCCACGAGGAGUUCCAGCGGUUCGGCGCCAAGUCGCACGACGCCAAGGCGUGGGCCACGAUCUACCUGCUGAGCCUGACGGACGCGCUGGUGACCACGGCAUGGUCGACGUUCGGGUACGUCGCGCAGUGGCUCGGCGGCCUGAGGCCGCGGGUGAUGUACAGGCCGGACAACGACACCCAUGUGCCGGAUCCGCCGUGCGGACGGGACGUGUCCAUGGACCCGUGCUUCCACGCGCCGGCGCUGUAUGAAUGCAGGCUGAAGCGGGGGGCGGACACCGGGAAGAUUGUGCCGCAGGUCCAGCACUGCAUCGACAUGACCUGGGGUUUGAAGAUUGUUCAUCGCAGCUAA